AUGGAGAUUCGAGACAAAAAUCAAACAAAAAGUCUAUUGCCGUUCAAGUUCGAUAGCUUUCCUCUAGGAUCUAUACACUCCUCAGGUUGGCUCAAAGAUCAGCUUGAGCUGUCAGCAAAUGGGCUUGGAGGCCACCUUUUUGAUUUCUACCGCUAUGUCAGUCGCUCGACAUGGCUAGGAGGGACCUUUGAGUACAGCGAGUUGCAUGAGUCUGCGCCGUAUUGGUUCAACUACAUUGUUCCUCUGGCCUGGACACUCGAUGAUCAGAGACUCAAAGACCAAGCCAGGUACUUUUUGGACUACGUUCUUGAACACCAAGCUCAGGAUGGCUGGCUUGGCCCGGAGACCACACGGCAGACUCGUGGUAUUUGGGCUAGGAGCUUGUUGUGCUUCGGAUUGACUCAAUACGCAGAGGCGGAUCCGUCACAAACAACGCGAAUUGUAGACGCCAUGCACAAGUUUGUCGCACUCACUCAUUCUAUGCUGCAGAACAACUUUACUGGUCUCAUCCAGCAAAAAUCUGAGGCAGAUAAUUUUGAUCCUUAUGGGUUCGGACUAUCACGCACACAUGAGCUACCGGUCUCAUUGAUGUGGUUGUAUGAGCACUACCCUCGCGAUAACUCUCAAAUGAUUUUGGAGACAAUUGACCUCCUGUUCGAAGGCGGUAAGCAAGGAGGUCGUGAUUGGACAACAUUCUUUGUCGAGGGCGUUUUCCCAAAACAAGGUACUGGCACAUUCAAAACGUCUGGUUUCACUCAUGGCGUCAAUCUUGCCCAAGGUCUACGGUACCCUACAGUUUUGUAUCGGAUUACAGGGAAUGAAAGUCUGCCAAAACAAACGCGUGAUGCGGUUGAUAUGACAGCCAAGUACCAAACGUCACUUUCCGGUACUAUCAUUGGUGAUGAGCAUCUCGGCGCGCUCAGUCCUCAGAGAGGGUCCGAACUCUGCAUGGCGGUCGAAUCGAUGUUCUCAUAUGCUUAUCUCUAUCGCUUUUAUGGGUCGAACGAUUUCGCUGAUAGAGCGGAGCGUGCCGCAUUCAAUGCAUUGCCAGCGGCAAUAAGUCCAGAUUGGUGGUCUCACCAAUAUGUCACACAGACAAAUCAGCCAUGGGCGAGGAAUCUGACAUCCGUCAACCCUUUCUUCAACGUGGUAACUUAUGCCAAUACCUUCGGCCUUGAACCAAACUUUCCUUGUUGUACAGUGAAUCACCCUCAAGCCUACCCCAAAUACGUUGCAUCCGCAUACGCCAAUGAUGGAAGAGACGGAGUUGUCCAUAUGCUGCUUGGACCGACAAUUUUAGAAACUGUCAUUAAUGGCAAGAAUUGGAUUGCGACACCAAAUACCAGGUAUAGUAUCACGUCAGGUACAAACUUCAACUUCGCUGUCAGGAUUCCCGAUUGGGCUACAACUUCACUCAACAAGUCAUCGAUACAAAUCAGGCGCGGCAAGCAGGUGCCUUUGGCUCCGGAUUCUUCUAGUUUACAACGGACUUCUAUCAAGAAAGGGACCACCGAGAUUGUCAUCACCUUACCCAUGGAGAUUCACAUCGAGACCCGAAACCAAACUGUAGGAGUCUAUUACGGUCCACUGCUCUACGCAGCCGACAUCGAAUACAAUGAGACGGCGCAUCGGGCUCUGAACUGGACCGAUCGCACGCCACUCGACGACUCAGAAGUCGACCCGCGCGCAAAAGAUCAUAUUCUGACGCCUGUAUCUGAUUGGCAAUUUGCAAUCGAUCCUUCGACCGUGGCGGUAGAGGAAACCGGGAGUGAGAGUAAGGCAUUGCCGAAUCCUGUAUUUGCUAGAGAUGGGCCUCCUACUGCGCUUUCAGUUAAUGCGUACCCGAUUGAGUGGCCGGUGGAAAAGGACACAGCAGCGCUGCCGCCGAUUAAUCCUAUAGUAGAUGCGUCGAAGAAGAUGAAGCUAAAACUAAUUCCUUUCGGAGCUGCGAAACUGCAUAUUGCUCAAUUCCCGGUCGUAAUGUUUCCUUCGUGA